AUGUAUUUACCCUCUCCCACAUACUCUUUUACCAUCCCUUCACUCCACGAUGAGACUCAACUUGACUGUCGCCUUUAUCUCCCCCAUAAUUCUUCGUUGCAGUUAGAAACUAUACGAGGGGCUAUCAUCGCACACCCAUAUGCUCCUCUCGGUGGGUGCUACGACGAUCCAGUUGUAAAUUUUGUCGGAGGCGAGCUUUUGAAGAGUGGAUACAUCGUGGGCACAUUCAACUUUCGUGGUGCCGGUACUUCCGAGGGACGAACUAGUUGGACCGCGAAGCCCGAAUUGGCAGAUUAUGUUUCCUUCUACGGAUUUAUGCUGUGUUACUUGCAUUCCUUGAGGUCGCAAGAAGUUUCACGGCGAGGGGAUGGAAGUAUCCCUGGUGGGGCCAACGUUGAAGGCCCCGAUGCUCAGUCUACACUUGACCGGGCAGAUAUCCAUCUCAUCCUUGGUGGUUAUUCCUACGGCUCAUUAAUUGCAUCACAUCUUCCUGCACUUGAUGUCGUUGCGGAUCUUUUUAAAAAUAUUAUUGCUGGCACACAGGCACAUGAAAUCCUUCAAACUGCAGUGAAAGUUUCGGCUCUGUUGGAAGCCAACGGCUCAACCCAAGAACGAAACCUGGCAAUAGAAGACCACCUGGCUGUGGAAGAACCGCUGGAUAUCUCAGGAACAACAAUAUCAUACCUUCUCGUGUCACCCCUCUUGCCGCCACUCAAUCUAUUCCUAACAUUCUUCUCAACAAUGUCUCUGGAUAUUGGGGCUCACAGCCCAGCUCAACGGAGGCAGAUUCCAUGUCCCAAGCCAACUCGACAGCUUCACAUCUGCAAGUAA